AUGUCGCUUAUAAUUACGGAAAUGGACAAAAAAUUAAGUGACGAUCAUGAAGAAAUAGAAGAAAACGAAUAUAAAAAGAUGACGGCGGAAAAUUCACACCUAACUCGAUAUCAAACACUUUUAAGAAAUCAUUUGUCGAACUUGAACGAUCAACUUGAACUACAAAUUAAAGAUCAGCGUUUGCUUAUCAAGGAAAACAACCAAUCUAUUGAAGAAAAGCAACAAAAACUGGAAAACAUCAAACGAGAAUGCAAAAAAUUUAGCGUAAAAAACAAUGUGAAAAGCGUCGAAAUUGAUGAAAAGCAAAUUGAGCGACAGCAGUUGAUGGAAAAUAUUGUCAGUAUUAAUAAAAGAAUGGAGAACGAUGAUAGAGAAUUUAAAAGCAAUGAAAAAAAAGAAAUAGAACUGCGCGAAUUACUUAGUAAAAUCAAUAUUAGUAUUGGUGAUGCAUUUAGUAUAAAUCACGAAUUGAACAGAAAUGAAGAAAAUAAUGUGAAAGUCACAAAAAGAAUUUUUUCACAAUCACAACAUCAGUUUAAUUCAAUGAACAAUGAGAAACUCUUACAAACCAAUUACAUAAAUCGUCUGAAGCGCGAUGUAAAAGCAGCGGAAGCUGAAUUAUCUACAACAGCUAAAAAAUUGGAUAGAAUUGAAAGGAUGAUCGAAGAGGACUCAACUGCAUUAGAAAACCAGUGGAAGAAUUUAACGAGAAAUCAAAAAAGAAGUGAAGAAAAAAUUCGUUUCAAUGAAUCUUCUGCUUUGAAAGAAAAAGAAAAUAUAAAAUUGCUAAAGCGGAAAGGAAAACAACUGGACGCGGAACAAAUUAAAAUUGAGCAUGAAAUUGAGGAAAUUGAACGAAAAAAUUUUUUCAUUCAUGAAAUCGGAAUUUUUUCAAAAAAAUUGGAUAAUUUCGCCGAUUUAAUUUCACGAAAGAAAUUGAUUGUAGAGAAGUUUAAAAAAGAUUUACAAAGCGCUGAAAAAAAAUCGGCAAAUGCGCUAAAGCAAGAAAUAAUUUCAUUGAAAAAAAAAGAAGAAUAUAUUAGUGACAAUAUCAAAUCACUUGAAGCUAAGCUCAGUGCUUAUAACAAUAAUAUUAACGAAAGCAAACAAAAUAUUGAACAAUUUGCGAAUGUUGUCGAAAAUUUGGAAAGAAAUUUACAGCACAUCCAAGAAGAAAGUGUUAAAUUAAGUGAAAAAUAUAAAACUGACAGAAGUACAAAUGAAUUAAGGGAAAAAACAAAAUUGGAAAGAAAUAGCAAUAUUGAUUUAAGGCAAAAAAUAAACAUUGAUCGACAAAAAGCUGAAAAAUUAAGAUGUGAACUUGAAGUAUGGAAGGAAAAGCUGGAAGAUUUAGAAAAUGGCGAAAAACUAGCGAUGUUUGGACAAAAUGACCAUCGCAUAAUAGAAAUAAGGCAAUUAAAAAAUUAUUACUCUGAUAUACAAAAAAAAAUUCGCAACGUACAGAAGGAUAUUAUUGAUACUAAUGCAGAAUAUGUCAAAUUGCGCAGCUCUACCUAA